GGCACCUUCCGGUUUCCGAAGUAUUGCCGCUUUGACACGUGUGAAGGGAAUUGCUAGAUUCUUUACUCCUGGUGAAACUUUUGGGCUGCUAUUCUCUUCAGACCUAAGGAUGAAGGCGAGGAGAAAUAAAAAACAGGUCCCAAGCUUUCGGAAGUUGCUAAAAACGAGUAAAGUCAAACUUGAAAACAAGCUAAAAAAUAAGCAAUUUAAACAACAAAGCACUCUCAAGAAGUAUCGGAAAGAACAGAGGAAACUAAGGCAAGCUGUAAAAGAUGCUGUCUCUAAGAAACCCAUGCCAUUGGAAGACCCAGAGGAAAAACGACCAGGUAAAAGGAUCAAGAGGGAAGAGGAAGAAGAAGAGGAAGCCCUACCUUUAGAUAUGAUGGAUGAAGAUGACUUACAGUUAAUGAAGGAGUUAGGACAAAGAGCAUCUUUUCUAACAAGAGAUCUUUCUACUAGUGAAACUGUUCAUGCCAAGAAACGAAAGCAUGAGACCAUUAUAGAUAAAUAUGAGAAAAUACCAAGAAGUAUGCAAACUGCACCAGAGAAAGAACUGAUUCACUUGCUUCCUAUCAAAGAUAAAAGUGGUAUAAUCCCACAGACCAGGGAGAAGCCAGUUAUUGACAGUAACAAAGAUGAAGAAGAUCAAGAAGAAGAGAUGGAUCAAGAGGAAGAUAUCAUUGAAGAUCCCAUUCGAGAGCUGACCGUAGAGGAACAUUUAAUUGAGAGGAAGAAGAAACUUCAGGAGAAGAAAAAGCAUAUUGCAGCCUUGGCAUCUGCCAUAUUAUCAGAUCCAGAGAGUAAUAUUAAAAAAUUGAAAGAAUUACGUUCCAUGUUGAUGGAACAGGAUCCUGAUGUGGCUGUUACUGUUCGAAAGCUGGUGAUAGUUUCUCUGAUGGAAUUAUUUAAAGACAUCACUCCUUCAUAUAAAAUCCGACCCUUAACAGAAGCAGAAAAAUCUACCAAGACCCGCAAAGAAACCCAGAAAUUAAGAGAAUUUGAAGAAGGCCUGGUUAGCCAGUACAAAUUUUAUUUGGAAAAUCUGGAGCAAAUGGUUAAAGACUGGAAACAAAGGAAGCGGAAGAAAAGUAAUAUAGUUUCCUUAAAGGCAUAUAAAGGACUGGCAGAAGUGGCUGUGAAGAGCCUGUGUGAGCUGUUGGUGGCACUGCCUCAUUUUAACUUUCACAACAACAUCAUUGUGUUGAUUGUCCCUCUCAUGAAUGACGUGUCAAAAUCGAUAUCUGAAAUGUGUUGUGAGGCAGUGAAGAAGCUCUUUAAACAAGAUAGAUUAGGCCAGCCUUCUCUUGGUGUAAUUAAAGUAAUUUCUGGUUUUGUGAAGGGCAGAAAUUAUGAAGUUAGGCCUGAGAUGUUAAAGACAUUCUUGUGCCUAAGAAUCAAGGAAAUUGAAGUGAAAAAGGACACAGAGGACAUUAAUAAACCAAAAAAGUUUAUGACUUUCAAGGAAAAGAGAAAAACUCUAUCAAGAAUGCAAAGAAAGUGGAAGAAAGCAGAAGAGAAACUGGAGCGAGAGCUUCGGGAGGCAGAAGCUUCAGAGAGUACAGAGAAAAAACUUAAACUGCACACAGAAACUCUGAAUAUUGUGUUUGUAACCUACUUCAGAAUAUUGAAGAAGGCUCAGAGGUCACCUCUUCUGCCUGCAGUUCUAGAAGGUCUUGCCAGGUUUGCUCACCUUAUAAAUGUGGAAUUUUUUGAUGAUUUAUUAAGAGUUCUACAUACUCUCACUGAGUCUGGUGACCUAAGCUACCGAGAAAGUCUCCACUGCGUCCAGACUGCUUUUCAUAUUCUUUCUGGCCAGGGUGAUGUUCUGAAUAUUGACCCAAUGAAAUUCUAUACACACCUCUACAAAACACUGUUCAAGUUACAUGCAGGUGCUACCAAUGAAGGUGUUGAAAUUGUGCUCCAGUGCCUUGACGUCAUGCUCGCUAAGCGCAGGAAGCAGGUUUCUCAGCAGCGUGCCCUUGCCUUCAUCAAGCGCCUCACCACCCUUGCUCUUCACGUUCUUCCAAAUUCGAGCAUUGGCAUCUUAGCAACUAACAGAAUAUUGAUGCAUACAUUCCCCAAAACAGAUCUGUUGCUUGACAAUGAAUCUCAGGGCAGUGGGGUUUUCCUCCCUGAGCUGGAUGAACCCGAGUACUGUAAUGCACAGAACACUGCUCUUUGGGAAUUGCAUGCACUGAGGAGACAUUACCAUCCUGUAGUGCAGAGAUUUGCAGCUCAUCUGCUUGCUGGAGCACCUUCUGAAGGCUCUGAAGCUCUUAAACCAGAGUUAAGCAGAAGAACUGCUGCUGAACUUUUUGAGACCUACAGCAUGGCAGCAAUGACUUUCAAUCCUCCUGUUGAAUCUUCGAGUUCCAAAAGGAAAGAUAAAGUUUUAGAAGGGGAUUCGUUUUUGAGUGAAGAUUUAAAUCAAUUAAUCAGAAGACAUUGCAAUGAAGUUGCUACCCAUUUGCCUCUGGAUUUUGCCAAAUAUUUUGAGACAUCACUACGGUAGUGGAAGAAUGGAGUCCAUGGAUUUUUCUUAUCAAUUGGUGCCUGUGCAGAUACAUAUAAAGAUAUGUCAACUUAGAAGCUUUCUUCUUAUACAAAGCAGUCUUCCUAACAACAAUUACUAGAGGAGAGUUAUCCUUUGCAUGGCAUGAGAUGCUGCCUCAAUUCUGAAAAUGUCCUUUCAUUAAGAAAGGAGAAUCAAAGCCUAUUUUUCCCUCAAAUAUUUGGAAAUUUCUUUCCUAACGAUACUGUCUUUUAAAAACUGUAUAUACGAAGUUAAAUAUAUAUUUUACUUUGGGGCUGAAUCUUGUUGAAAUGCAGUUGGGUUAAAAUUAGGACAUAGAGCACAGAAAAAUCAAGACCAAGAAUGCCUUUUACCUUUCAGCUACUCUUCAUAGCCAAAUAAAUCUUUUAUUUUUAUUGCAACAUCAUUAAUGGAGUUGAGAAACAUUUUAAACUUGAAUGAAUACGUUUUUAUGAAGAUUUUGGAGAAAAGAGAAAAUAGCUUGAAACUGGAUGCCAAGUUCAUUGGUUCUUGUUGGAUGAAACACUUCAUGAAGUAACCUAGUUUGGCCUUUUUUUUAAAGAACAAGUGUUCAUUAUGGCUACUUUCAAAGAAAGUUUGAAUGUGAUUCUAGUCUCUUUGAAAUUUGUUGCAGUUUCUGACAUGUUCUGGAGUAUUAUGCUGAAGAAUUACUCCAGGGCAGAAACACAAAGUCUAUGAUGUUCACCAUUCUGUUUUAGGGAGAAAAAAUAGCCAGUGAAGGGCUUUCCUUACCCUUUCCUUCUUUCUUUCACAGGUAAAAUGCCUAUUAUUAUGAAUAUAAUUAUCAAGGAGCAUUUUAUAAAAAAGGUGUUCCCAUAUUCUAGGAGUGGCCUAUGAAAUAACUGUUUUGAUAACUUGGUUAUAAAUAGUCUUACUGUAAAUAGUUGAAUAAAACAGCUGUUUUCUCUGCUUCCUAUUCUUACAAUGUGAGAGUUUUUAAAAAAAUUCACAGCAUCCAACUAAAUAGAUCUUUUAUUACAUUAGAACUAUAGAUUCCAGUUAUUUUAGUCUGGAGCUUAGAGCUCUUUUUUCUCAUGAAGUUAAAUGAAAAUAGAAAGUCCCUUUACCAUUCCAGCAGAAUUGGGGAUAUCAGCUUAACUGCACAUUAAUUUUCAGUGUAUUCUUUUAUGUGAUUUAAAAUGUGUUUCUGAGGUCAAUUUAUUUUAGGCUUCAUUAUUUGUUUAAUAAUGAGAAAAGUAUGAUUCAAUAUAUAAAUAUUUGCUUUUAACACAACUCUGAAGAUCAUAGCUCGGAUAUACAACCAAUUCCAGGAGUAGAUAGUUGUGUGGAUGACCAUAUUGUCUGUCUCCACUGGCACAAAUGAUCAGUAUCUCUCACAAAUCAUUUAUUUUCCACAUGUAUACAAAUGCAUUUAUUCUUCAGUUUGGCAGCAACUAGUUCAGGGGAAAUAGUUUUAAACUAGAAAUUCAUCAGGUGUUUCAGGCUUGUAUUAUGCUUUUAACUUUCUAGCUAUGCAUAUAGAGAAUCACAGUGGUACCACAGAAUUCUAUAUCUGGUAUUAAUUUGAAUGUCCUGUAUGAAUUUGAGAAUGAAAUAUAUUUGCAUGUUAAUUUAUGUAACCUUAUAAUACUGGUUUUUUUUUUUUUUUGGCAGUAAAAACAAAUUUAUGAUAAUCAUAAUAGUACUUUAAAGGUUUAAACGUUCUUAGUAAUCUGUGAAUCUGAGGGUGAGCUUAGAGAAAUACUAACCAAAGGUAACAGCCAAGGUUUUGUGUUAAAGAGUGUCAGUUUGCCAUGACUGCUAUGAUAAAAACCACACAAUGGGUUGUCUUAAACAAGUAUUUACUACCUCACUGUUUCAGAGGCUGAGUAGAAGUCCAAAAUCAAGGCAUUGGCAAGGCUGUGCUUUCUCCCUGACAUCUGUGACAUUCUAGUGCUGGCGUGCCACAAUUCUUAGCGUUCCUUGGUUUGCAUUUCUGCCUCCUGUCACAUGGUGAUCUCUCUCUUGGGUCUGCUUUUCUGGUUUCUGUUGUUUUCCAGCUUCCGACUCCUUCCCUAUAAGCCUCCAGUAACACAGAUUAAGGCUCACCCUGAUUCAGUUGGGCCAUACCUAAAUUGGAUUUUAGAAGAGCCUAAAUUCACAAAUGAUCUACACCUUAAUUGAUAAUUCUUCAAAGGGUCCCACUUACAAAUGAGUUUGCAACCACAGGAACACAGAUUAAGAUGUCUUUGUAUAAUAUUGAUUUUAUUUUCAGAAGUAAACAUUGUAGUCAUUGAUGGUACACACACAACCCAAGGCUAUACUAAACUACAGCCUUAAUUUUUCUAACUAAACAAAUACCGAGCACCUACUCUAUGUGCUUAGCACUGUGCUAGGCAUUUAAAAGUGGGGUGGGGUAACGAGUGUAAGACAUAGCCGCAGUCUUCAUGAGCUGAUCAUUCCCACAAAACUUUAAGAAAAUGCAAACCAUUAUGCAUCUCUCUUAGGAAGAGUUGUUUCGAAGUUCAGGCUUGAGCAUAAUGUAUUACAGAUCCAAGAAAUGUAAGAGAAUAACCUGGUAAUCAUGGAGGUUCGGUGUGUAUUUCAAAGGUAUUCAUUUCAGGUGUUCCCAUAUCAAAAUUCUUAGCCAUCAGCCACAAAUUGCUUUUAGGAAGUUUAUACAUAGAGAUAAUGGCAGAGAAUACAUAAAUUAUUUACAAUGCACUCUAUGAUGGAAAUGUGUUCAAGUAUGAACUUUGUGGAAGAGGCAAUCUCACUUCUCUCUAGUAACUUGGGGGCCAGGUUUUCACGUCUUCUGGCUUUGCUGCUGAUGCGAGACAAGCACCUGCAAAGGGGUCAGAGGCAGCCAUCCAGAGAGUACUUUCCCUACAGGCUGCCUCAUUCUGCCAAGUGUAAGAUCAAGGAAAAUUCUACUCUUCUCUAUGGGCUUGGGAGGACAGUGGUGGAGCUCUGCAUUUACCCUUCAGAAUUAAGCAAGGACUGGGUGUGUCAAGGUAGAGAAAGAGGUCUACAGAGAUAAUGGGAGGGGAGAGAAUAGAGAGAAGGGAAGAUGUGGUUACAAAAAAGAAACUGGCAUCUAUAGUGGCAGAGACCCACCAUUCUCAUUAACGAGCCUCCUGUGUCUACAACCUUCAAGAUGAUGGGAGGCAUUUGUAUAAACGUUUGAUUAAAACCAAGGCACUUGUAGCUCUUGUUGAAUCUAAACUCCAUAUUUACCCGCAAUUGGAAACUAUAUAACUUUCAUUUGCCAAGGAUGAUACAUGCAAAGAGGCUCUACAUCUUGCAAAGCAACCAAUUCCAAAUGAACAGGUGACGGAGAAGAAGUUAUAUAAUUUAUUACUUCCAGUGUCACGCAUCAUAUUGGAUUCUUACUUGCCAGCUAUAGAUAUUUUUAAAAGUUGGCAACACCUAACAGAAUGACCAAAUUCAUGCUCCUUUCUUUUUGCUCUGAGUGAUGCUUCUUAAAAUGUAUUUCCUUGCAAUCUUGUAGUAAAGCCAGCUUGCAUAUUUAAAUUCUUUCCCAUGGCGACUUUACUAGCUACUCAGAUUUCUAGUAGCCUGAAAAGUGAAAUAGCUUGUGGCUAUUUUAGAUGCAUUCUAAAUAACAGGAUAGUUUAUUUUAUUUGCUAUACUAGUAUAGUUGUAUAAUUCAGAAAGCAUUACAUUAAGUAAAAAUCUCAUAUUUUUGGCGAACACUAGGUUGUGUGAAUCAAUUGUAGUGAGAGACUAGACCCUUCACAUUUUUGAAUGAUGUUCUUCCUAAAAUUCCAAAGACUCAAAUAGACUGAGUAUGUACUUCCACCUCAAAAUGUGAUGAAAAACCAGGUUGGGUUGUGAAUGGCAAUUUGCUGUGUUCACUCACUUCCUAAACUACCUAGUUUCACAUUCUCUCUCACUGUAAGUUUCAGAUUUGUGCUGCAGCUAAAGCAACAACUAUGUUAAAAGCCUUUGGGGCAGAGAGGGGAGCUAUGAAGAGUCAAAGCCGAAUGAUAAACCAAGAGAUCAGUCUUGCUUUUCAUCUUCUUGUAACUCAGCUUUCAAUACACAGUAAGCCAAACUAGGGGGAUAAAUGAAUAUUAGUGUAUACAGGCAUGAUAAAGUGUUUCCAGAAUAUAUUUUUAACUGGGGCCGCACUGUGCAUUUGUUAUAGACUGAUUAUUUGAUAUGAAAAAGAAACCUGUAGUACUGUAGCGCUGUACAAACUAUAUCGAUAUGGAAUGGCCUGAAUUCUUUCGAUAAGCAAAGGGUGGUUCUUUUAACGUGAGGCUUUGAGUCAGCAAGAACUUUCAGUAAUAAAAACUGUUUUAUGCAUUUUAACACUUGUUUUUAGAAUAUGGAAGGAACAUGGGGGUCGAUUUAUUUGUUUUUAUAAUUGGUAAAAAAAAAAGUGACACUUAGAGAAUUUUUAGUGUUCUAUAAUUUGAAGAAAAAAAUGUCUUAAAUUUAAUGAUGUCAAUGGAAAGAUAAAGUUUGGAUUUUACUUUAUAGGAACACAGAUACUUCAUUUUAAAAAGCCAUAAUUUUCUACAUGCCAAGAAUAAGAAGACUCUUUUAAAGUUAAGUGACAGUUUUAUACAGCAAGGUUUUAAAAUUAAUUUACAUUAAAUAGUGAAGUAUGACUUGGAUCAAUAGCUCUUCAGUUAAUCAGAAAGGAAGUUGAAGCUUUUUUACAUAAAAUUCUGGCCCAUUUCAAAUGUUCAGAGGAUACAUUUUCUUUUUAGGAGAUUUGUCUUCAAAUUGUGAGCUACAACCAUUUAUGCUUCUAAUCUAUUAGUGAUAACAAGAAAGCUAUGUAUAAUAAAUAUAUAAGUACAGUGUCAAUACAAACCUUGCUUCAAUAAAAUAAAUAAAUUUAAACACAAACUCAAUCUACUUUUGCUUUUAAAAAAUGGUUAAGUUCCUCGUUAAUAUGUCACAACUCAGUAGAUAUAAAAUUAUACAUCAUUCUAAAUUCAUGUUGUGAAAAUUAAAAGCUGAAUGAUCUGUGAAUAUGUAAGCAAUAAACUUUAAAAAAAACCAGUCUACAUGUAAAAAGAAAUCUUAAGAGUGCACUGUGGUACACAAUAUAGGAGCUAAAUUUAAUUUCACUUUAAUGAGUCUUAUGUUAUAGGACAUAUAUACACUUGCAAUGCCCCAAAACUUCCUAUUCUUAGCCACAAAAUUA